AUGGAGGACACAGCCAUCGUUGGGUUCUCCUUCAAGCUCCCUGAAGAUAUCGAGGAUGUCUCGAGCUUCUGGGAGACUCUUCAGAAUCGGAGGAACCUGAUGCGGGAAUGGCCCAAGUCACGCAUGAACGUUGACGCUUUCUGCAAUCAAGAACUGAACAAACGCAACAAGCUUCACACUCGAGGAGGGUACUUCAUAAAUGAAGACCCGGGAGCUUUUGAUGCCCCCUUUUUCUCAGUCACAGCAGCCGAAGCGGCGUCCAUGGAUCCAAUGCAGAGAUGGACGCUGGAAACCUCGUACCGUGCUUUCGAGAACGCGGGAAUGUCAAUCGAAGAACUAAAGGGUGAACACAUGGCGGUAUUCAGUGCCUCGAUGACAGACGAUUACUCGCGGUUGACGGCCAAAGACCCCGAAAACGCACCCCGGACGGCAAUAACGGGAACUUUUGCUUCCAUUCUACCCAACCGAGUCAGCUGGUUCUUCGAUCUCCAUGGUCCGAGUGUCCAUGUCGAUACUGCUUGUUCCAGCAGUCUGUUGGCUAUGGACCUUGCUUGUCAGUCUCUGAGAAGUGGCGAUGCAUCAUCGGCUCUGGUGACUGGCUCCAAUCUGAUCCUUGGACCGGAUGGCUUCCUGUUAUUAUCGAACAUGGGUUUCCUAUCACCGGACAGCAAGUGCUACAGCUUUGAUCAUCGUGCCAACGGGUACGCCAGAGGCGAAGGUGUAAUUGCCCUUGUCUUGAAGCCUGUAGCCGACGCCAUACGAGAUGGUGACAUGAUUCGAGCAGUCAUUCGCUCAGCUGGAUCAAAUCAAGAUGGUCACACACCCGGGCUCAAUCAACCUAGCCCCGAGGCGCAAGAGAGAUUGAUACGGCACGUGUAUAAGAAAGCGAAUCUUCCCUUCGAAGCAACCCGUUAUGUGGAAGCUCAUGGGACUGGAACGCCGGUUGGUGAUCCAAUCGAAAUGAAGGCCAUCGGGAGGGUUUUCAGAUCUUGUCGGUCAAAGGAAGAGCCCCUAUAUGUUGGCUCGCUGAAAGCAAACAUCGGUCACACUGAAGGAACCAGUGGUCUGGCCGGGAUCAUGAAAUCCAUAAACUUGGCAGUGAUACUCGAGAAGGGCAAAAUCCCACCAAACGCGUUGUUCGAGAAGAUCAACCCUGACAUCGACGUGGAAUUCUACCACACUGCGAUUCCAACUGAGAACAUCGUCUGGCCCAGUGAAGGCGUACGCCGGGUGUCGGUCAAUUCUUUCGGUUUCGGAGGAGCCAAUACGCAUGUCAUUUUGGACGAUGCCUACCAUUACCUUGCUGAGCGAGGUCAUAUCGGAAAUCAUUGCACCGUCCCGAGUGCCGCUACCAAUCUUUUGAUCAGCUCCGAUGGAGAUACUCACAUUAACGGAACUUCACAUCCUGACCACCGCCUCGUAUCGACCAACGGGACCAACGACACGAAUGGAACCAACAAGAAUCACAAGGGGACCAACGGAACGAAUGGGACCAAUGGCACGAACGGCACGCACGGCAUGAACGGUACCAAUGGCACCAACGGCACCAACGGCACCAACGGCACCAACGGCACCAACGGAGGCAAUCAUAUGAGCGGAAAGGGGCUCAACGAAACUCACCACUUCAAGAACAAAGCCCGGCUGCUCGUUUGGAGCGCAGCCGACGAGAAGGCGCUCGAACGCACGAUGAGGGGUUACGAACCUUUCUACAACACCCAGGUCGCAAACAACCCAGCCAAGCUCUCGCAGAUGGCCUAUACCCUCGCCGCAAGACGAAGCCACAUGCUCUGGCGGACCUUCGCUGUUGUGCAUGGCGAGCAUGAAAGCCCAGAAGUUGGACUCUCCGUGGCGAAACCAACACGAACAUCAGCUGAAGUUGGGCUCGCCUUCGUCUUCACGGGCCAAGGUGCCCAAUAUGUCGAUAUGGGGGUGGAGCUUCUGCAGUACCCCGUCUUUGAGGCCACUCUACAGCAGAUAGAUGAGGUAUAUGGCAGCUUGGGGUGUGAAUGGUCGAUAUUCGAUGAGCUCAGCAACCCCGUCAACAUCGACAAGCCCGAAUAUAGUCAGCCUUUAUCGACAGCUCUCCAGAUAGCUUUGGUUGAGCUGUUGAAGACUUUCGGGGCAUCCCCCAAGGCCGUCAUCGGACAUAGUUCCGGCGAGAUCGCUGCCGCGUACACCAUUGGGGCCCUAUCGCUACACUCAGCUUGCAAAGUCUCGUAUUUCCGCGGCCAGCUGGCAGGCCGGCUUCGGGCCAAGGCCUCAUCAGCAGGCGCCAUGAUGUCCGUCAAUCUCGCCGAGGAGCGAGUGUGGAGCUACCUCAAACGCAUGAACGUCGAAAGUCUUACAGAUUCCAUCAAUGUGGCCUGUAUCAACAGCCCGCUGAAUUGUACGCUUUCUGGCACAGAGUCCGCCGUCGAUGCCGUCAAGGAACAACUUGACAAGGACGGCAUCUUUGCGCAGAAGCUCAAAACCGGGGUCGCGUAUCACUCACCCUUCAUGUCAAUCAUCGCCGGCGAGUAUUUGUCAACCAUGGGAUCUCUUGGCCCAAGCAAGUCCAAAAGCGUUGGAGCCUCAAUACCGAUGGUUUCAUCGGUGACAGGCCGGGCCGUUCGCCCAUCCCUGUUGUCAAAAGCCCAAUAUUGGGUCGAAAACAUGGUUUCCCCGGUCAGAUUCGCUGAUGCAUUGCAGAUCCUCACUCAGGGCUCUGCAACCUUGAAGGUUGGCUUGGGAAGCAUUACAGAUCUUGUCGAGGUCGGCUCGCACUGUGCGUUGCGCCGGCCCAUCCAAGACACGGUCGGCCAGGCUGGAAAUCGAAAGAAGCAGAUCCGUUACUCGUCGGUGCUGUACCGGUCCAAGUCGGCGGUCCAGACGACGUUGGAGACCCUGGGACGUCUGUUUUGCCAUGGUCACGCCGUGUCCAUCCCCGGGGCCAACCAGCAGUCAGCUGGCAAAAAGCCCGCAUUUCUUGUCGACUGCCCUGCAUAUCCCUUUGACCAUUCCCACACCUACUGGGCUGAGUCACGCCUCAAUCGGGACUUCAGACUUCGUGAACCUGUUUCUGGAGACACCUUGGGUUCGCGGUUCUACGACUGGAACCCCCUCGAGCCGAGAUGGAGGAACUUCUGGAGCGUGGAGACGACCCCAUGGGUGGGAGACCAUGUUGUCAGCGACACCAUCAUAUACCCAGCAGCAGGUAUGCUCGUGAUGGCAAUGGAAGCGGUGCAGCAGAUGGCCACCGCCAACCGCGAAAUAUCAGGCUACUAUAUCAAAGAAGCCCACUUCCUGAGCCCGAUCGUCGUGAAAGAGGCAUGGGACAGCCGGACCGAAACUCUCCUGCAUCUUCUGCCGGUUCAAAAGCCAUACGAGAAAGAGUCAGUCUGGUCGGACAUCAAGAUAUUCGCCCGCUAUGACGACCGAUGGACCGAGUGUUUCCGAGCCAGCAUUCAAAUCCAGUACCAGGAGUCUGGCAUCCACGUCGACGGCGGCUUGGAGAAACGGUUGACAGGCGAGCGCAUUUUGCGCCAAUAUCGGCGCGCGAGCGAGGUCUGCACGAGGGCCAUUGACUCAGCAGAAUUCUACAAGGACUCAGCAGACCAUGGAAUCAAGUACGGGGAGUGGUUCCAGCUGCUGCAAGACAUCCGAUAUGAUGGCAAGUUCAGCGUCAUUGCCCACGUCGACGUAUCCACGCAGAAGCACCGGACGGCCAGUCUCGUCCAUCCUGCUGUCUUGGACGCAGCAUUCCAUGCGCUCCGGGUCGGCACCACCAAAGGCUUGACUGCAUCGUCGGCUACCCAUGUGCCCAUGAAGCUUUUCGAUGCUUGGUUCUCGGCCUCAGGCUGGCAACAGCCACAUACCUCGUCGAUUACAUAUAUGACAAUCGCGGGUGGUGAGGCUGGUCAAGAAGGCAAGGAGGGAACCAUCUAUGCCCUGGCCGACGACUUAUCGCCACUGUGUACGAUGCGCAGACUGGUCACUGCACAGGUCGCAAAGGAGGACGAAGGUGAGGACGCCAAGAGCUUAUUGUACGGGGUAGAGUGGAAGCCUCAAUUGAGUCUUUUGGGUCGAGAGCAGCUCCCACGGGCAUGCGGCGCUGAUACAUUCGUCAAGGAUGAGACCACGAUGAUCGCCUAUCACCAGAAGUUGAACUUCAUGCUGAACACAGUCGUAUGCAGAACGUUGAGACAGCUUUCUGAAGUCGACCGCCGAAAAAUUUCAAGCUCUCUGCGCAGACAGGUGACGUGGAUGGAGCACCAUGCCCAACAGCUCUCUGCCUCAGACAUGGACGACAAUAUCAGCGACGCGGACCUCGAAACCCUACUGGAAGAGAUCGAGACCAUCAAUCCACCGUGGAGGUUGUUUACUGCCGUCGUGCGUCAACUGCGACCUAUCCUCGUUGGCGAGAUUGAUCCUCUUUCUGUCAUCUUCAAUUCGAACCUGGCCGAAGUCUUCUACGCCGAUAUGUUCAUGAGCAUAUGCGACCACAGACUCCAGAGUAUUCUCGACCUAGCAUCCCACGAGAAUUCAAAGCUGCGUAUCCUGGAGGUGGGAGCAGGUACCGGUGGUAUGACUUCGCACGUGCUGGCAGCACUACAGCAGCUCGAGAGUCAGAGUGGUGGCCUCAAAUUCUCCAACUACACGUACACAGACAUUUCCCCGACCUUUUUCGAAAGUGCUGGUAACCGAUGGCAGGACCUGGGAGAGAGGAUGACUUUCAAGACUUUCAACAUGGAGCGCAGCGCCGAAGACCAGGGAUUCGAAUCGGGAUCAUACGAUCUGGUUGUUGCCGGAAGUGUGCUGCAUGCCACUACCGAUCUAGCGGCUACGAUUCGGAACGUGCGCAAGACGUUGAAACCGGGUGGGAAGCUGAUCCUCCUUGAAGCUGUUGCACCUGAGAAAGUCAUCACCAACUUUGCGUUCGGCUUGGCUCCAGGUUGGUGGAACUGCAUGGAGGAUUGGAGAGACAUGUCGCCGGCUAUCGUCGAGGAGCAAUGGGACGUGUGCUUGGAGGCAAAUGGCUUCUCUGGAAAUGAUAUCUGCCUCCGGGAUUAUGAAAAUGAUUCAUGCCACAUCUUCAGCAUUAUCAUGACCACAGCUGAAGCCGAAGAGCAAGCUUCCGUUGCGGCUGUCAGACCUGGCAUAUUCCUGGUCAUCGAUGAAUUGUCGGAAACUCAGGUUAAAUUGGCCGGGUCAAUCUGCACUGCCAUUGGCGAAUGCGACAGUCGACAGGUUGUCACCCUUUCUUUGAAGUGUGUUCAAGGUGUUGCUCUGUCCGGCGACGAUGUUGUCGUCUUUCUCUUGGAGACGGAAAACCCCUUCCUUGCCACAGUAUCUGAGGAAGGCUUCAAGUCGAUCCAGGAUUUGCUUCAUCGUACGACCAACCUGCUCUGGGUCACUCAAGCGAGUAUGGAUGACACGGUAUACGCGUCUUACGGAGUGGUCCAGGGGUUCCUAAGGUCCAUACGAACCGAGGCAGCCGAGAAGCAUUUCGUAACGCUUGCAAUCGAAUCGCAGGGUGAGGAUAGACCGACCCAGGCGCAGUACGUCGCCAAGGUCGUUGCGGCAGCCUUCGAAUCGCCAUCUCAUGAGGUAGAGUAUGUUGUCCGGGAAGGCCAGAUCACCACGGGCAGAGCCUUUCAGGAGAUCUCCUUGAACGAAACAAUGCAGUCCUUCCUCCAACCACAGCUCAAGCUCAAUGCUUUCCUGCCCGACUCAGGACCAGCGCUGCAGCUUACUGUGGGCACCCCUGGAAUGCUAGACACACUGCAGUUCGUAGAGGACGCCAGACAUGAAACAGAACUCGGUCCGCUCGAGGUGGAGAUCGAGGCCAAGGCAUGGGGUCUCAAUUUCCGAGAUGUGUAUGUUGCCCUGGGCCGCCUGGAUGACGGCGCCCUUGGAGGAGACUGCGCCGGCAUUGUGACGAGACUAGGACCCGACUGUGAUUCCGCUCUGCAGCCAGGAGACCGUGUGUGCAUGGUCUCGCCAGGCUGUAUGCGAACAUACCCACGUGCCCUUCAAACAUCUGUCCUCAAGAUCCCUGACUCUCUCGGCUAUGAGGCGGCUGCCUCGAUCGUCGUUCCUGGCAUCACUGCCUCCUACUCGCUCCUCGACCUAGCCCGUCUUCGGAAGGGGGACAAAAUCCUCAUCCACGCAGCAGCUGGCAGCACUGGCCAGAUGGCCAUGUGGGUCGCCAAGAUCCAGGGAGCCGAGAUCUUCGCGACUGUCGGCUUCGACGAGAAGAAGCACUUCCUCAUAGAGCAGUUUGGUAUCCCUGAGGAUCACAUCUUUUAUAGCCGAAAUACCUCAUUCGCCCAGGGCAUUAUGCGAGUAACGAACGGUCACGGCGUGGACGUGGUGCUGAACUCGCUUUCCGGCGAUGGAUUGCGGGCUUCGUGGGAGUGUGUUGCACCGUACGGGCGCUUCGUCGAGAUUGGCAAGGCGGACAUCUUGGCCAACACGUCAUUGCCUAUGGCCAGCUUUGCGAAGAAUGUCAGCUUCUCGGCCUUUGAUUUGGUCCACUUGUCGCAAUCGAGCCCGGAUCUUACGGCCAGGCUUCUGAAAAGCGCGGUCGAACUCCUCGACAAGGGUGCAGAGCUUCCUAGCCCAUUGCACGUGUACCCUGUUUCGAAAGUUGAGCAGGCAUUUAGAUUCCUCCAGAGUGGCAAGAACAUCGGAAGGGUCGUUAUUGGCAUAGAUCGCUCUGAUGUUGUGCCGCAACGCAUUCUGCAAAAACUACCGUGGAGAUUCGAUGCGAAUGCGUCAUAUCUGAUUGCUGGCGGGCUUGGAGGCUUAGGUAGGGCUAUCAUGAAAUGGAUGGCUGAUCGAGGAGUCAAGCAUUUGAUCGUGCCCUCGCGAUCAGGUCCUACGUCUCAAAUGGCAAAGGACGUCAUCUCUGAGCUGACCGAGCGAGGCAUUGAAGUCUGGGCGCCCAAGUGUGAUGUGUCCUCGGGUUCAUCGCUGGCUGCUAUGCUUGAGGACUGCUCCCAUAAGAUGCCGCCUGUCAAGGGAUGCAUCAAUGCUGCCAUGGUCCUCCAAGACGCCGUGUUUCAGAACAUGAAGCAUUCACAGUGGGCGCUCACCAUCAACUCCAAGGUGCAAUCGUCUUGGAACUUGCAUCGUCUCCUGCCCAAGGACCUUGACUUCUUCGUCCUGCUUUCUUCCCUGGCAGGGGUCUGCGGAACCGUGGCACAAUCCAACUAUGCCGGAGGUUGCUCUUCUCAGGAUGCCCUGGCGCGCUAUCGUGUGUCGAAUGGGCAGAAAGCGGUCUCAUUUGACGUGGGGUGGAUGAGGAACAUUGGCAUCAUUGCGGAGAAGGAGUCUUACCAGCGCAACAGGAAGCAGGCUGCAGAUAUGCAGCAAAUCGACGAUACGGAGCUGAUGACUUUGCUGAGCAUGUAUUGCGAUCCUGCGCUGCCGAUUCUAUCGGCUCCAAAGAGCCAAGUCCUGAUCGGUCUUUUGACGCCAGCCGACUUUCUUAUUCAGGGUCAGACACCCCCGCAGAUGCAUGAUCGUCCUCUGUUUGCGUCCUUCUCGCACAUAGAGGGUGAAGUGACGCACGGCAGCGCGGGCCAUGCGGCGGAAGACCCAGCAGCACUCUUCAGACUAUCCACGGAGACAGAUGUGAGGAUCCAGAUCGUGAUCCGGGCGUUGGCCGUCAAGCUGGCCCGGGCUAUGUCAAUCUCUCCAGACGACGUGGAGCCCAACAAGCCGCUGUCCGGUUAUGGAGUAGAUUCUCUGAUGGCAGUCGAGCUUCGAAAUUACAUCGGCAGGGAGUUCCAGGCCAAGGUGGCCGUGUUUGAUAUCAUGGGCGGCGUGCCUAUUGCGACCAUCGGGGACUUGGUGGUAGAGAGAAGCAGUGUGGGGAAGAACAAGGAGGCGGUGGAAACCGCUCAUCGUGAGUAA